CAUUGUGUCUGAGUUGCAGAUGAUGCAGUUGUUUUCAAUCUGUCCAACUUGUACUUCUGCCACACUUAGCCAAGUAAGACCAUUUUCAGGCACAAUGAUCAAGAUUGACCAGUGCUGUGGUAUAUGUGGAUUUCAAAGAACUUGGAACAGUAAAAAAAAUUAUUGGAUCUUUACCAUCAGGAAAUUUUUCCAUGUCAGCAGCCAUAUUGUUUUCAGGCCUUAUACCAAUCAAAGAACUUCGUUUCUUGGAGCAUAUGAAUGUAGCUGCCAUAGCAUUAAGUACCUUCCACCAACACCAGAAAUACUAUCUACAUCCAGCUGUUUCGACAAUAUGGAAGAAUUUUCAGAAUAAUUAUUUUCAUCAAAAUACCCAACAAGGAGAUCCCUUAAUUCUAGGUGGAGAUGGUAGAGCUGACUCCUGGACAUUGGGCUAAAUAUGGCAGCUAUGCUAUGCUAGACAUGGAUCAAAUGCUUGUCAUAGAUAUUCAACUUGUUUAGAGCAAUGAAGUUCAAGGAAGUUAUCAUAUGGAAAAAGAGGGAUUUAUACGAAGUAUUAAUAACAUCGAAAGCAAAGGCCUCAAAAUAAAGAAAAUUAUUACUGACCGACAUCUUCAGAUACAGAAACAUGUCAGAGAAAACAUGCCUCACACAACACAUAACUAUGACGUGUGGCACGUUGCUAAAGGUUUUAAGAAGAAAGUAACAGCCAUUUCCAAGCUGAAGGAUUGCGAGUCCCUGGAACCUUGGAUAAAGAGCCUUUGUAAUCAUUUCUACUGGGUCCCAGCAUCAACCCCAAGUGGUCACGGGCAAUUGAUGCUGGAGAAGUGGCAAUCUCUCUGCAAUCAUGUGCAAAACAUUCAUGAACAUGAUGGAGAUAUUUUUCAGUCUUGUGACCAUGGACCCCUAGAGGGACGCGAGAGAGAAAAGAAAUGGUUGAAAAAAGGCAACAAGGCAUGUGUUAAAUUAGAGGAGCUUGUGAUGUCAAAACAAAUGCAGAAAGACAUUCCAAAACUUUCUCCAGGAGCCCAAACAGCAAGUCUAGAAGGAUUUCAUUCUGUCAUCAACCAUUUUGCUCCAAAGAUGUUUGGGUUUUCCUACCAUGGAAUGUUAAGCAGAUUAAAAAUUGCUGCCCUUCAUUACAAUGAAAAUGGGAUGAGAGAGAUGGAUCAAGCAGUAACUAAAGAUGGACAACCACAGUACAACAUUGUGUACCCAAAGUUGAAGAAAGGUGGAUACACAAUACGAGAAGUGAAAACUGCUUGUACAUAUAGUUAUGUCAGUAAGCUCAUGGACAUUGUGUAUACAAAUGCCAAAGAAACAAAAUUAAGUCGGGUAGAAUUGAACAGAGCUGCAGCACCACCUCCUCUAUGCAGUUCGUUUGAAAAACCUGAAAAAGCAUCAGCAAUUUUAGAGAUGACAUCACGUUAUAGGCAUGCUCAAAAUGAUGAUGGAAUGAGUGAUGAUGGUUGAUGUUAAUCCAACUAUGCU